AUGAACUAUGCUCAAUUUUGCAUUCUCUCUGUCGGCACUAUAAAAAUUAUGGUAUACCAAUUUGAAUUAUCUAUUUCAUGCAUGUUAAAUAAUAUUUUUCAGGUUGUCACCAAGCUUGGAAAUGAUGCAAACAGCAAUGAUGUCAUGCCUUGUGUCUCAAACAAGCUUUUGAAUGUCGAAGCAACUCCUUUCUGUUCCAAGAAUAGAGAGCAGAAUGAUCAAGCUAUCAGCAAACAUGGGGUGGAAGUGAGAACUGGUUUCAAAUCUGAGGAGAUUAAAACUGGGUCUGAUGGAUCUGGCCAAGACAAGGUACUCAAGAAGCCUGAUAUAAUCGUGCCAUGCCCUCGCUGCAAUAGCAUGGAAACAAAGUUCUGCUACUUCAACAAUUACAAUGUUAGCCAGCCUAGGCACUUCUGCAGGAAUUGCCAGAGGUAUUGGACCGCUGGUGGAAAUAUUAGGAAUGUCCCUGUAGGUUCUGGAAGACGCAGAAAUAAGCAUGCCUCUCACUUCCGCCAUGCUAUGAUGUCGUGUGAUGCUAACAUAGCUGCUCCUGGAGAUGUUUCCAAUGAGAUCCACCAUCUAGCUCUUCCACUUUUACCGCAGGUUCUUCCAGGGCCAAUUAAAGAAAAUAAAACAGUAAAGGAGUUCGGAUCUCAAGUGCCAGUUUGUAAGCCUAUGUCCUCAAUCCAUAAUAUUGAAGAACAGAAGGAUACUUACCUUGUUGCCUUGGCCUCUGGUGAUAAUAGCGAAGAACAAUCAUGUCCAUCUCCAGCGACAGUGUCGGGUUGCUCAGAAAAUCAGACGCCGGAUAGCGCAGUUAAAAAAGAACCAAGCAAUGUGUUAGGAUACUAUAAUGGCAUCACAUUGCCUCACCCUCACGGACCUGCUUUGGUGUUUCCCUGGAGUCCUGGAUGGAACAGUAUUGCUGUCAUGGCAGCUGCUCAGUGCUCAACAGAGCCCAUUCAAGGGUUGGAAAAUGUGAAGCACGGUCUGCCGCCGUGGGCGCCUCCAUUGAUGAUGGCAGCUCCAGGAAUUUGCACGCCUGUUGUUCCCUUUCCUAUGAUGCCACCACCACUUUGGAGCUGCAUUCCUGGUUGGCCUAAUGGAAUGUGGAGUUCACCAUGUCCUGGAAAUAAUGGCCCUCCAAACAAAAUCACAUGCUCAGAGGACAAUUCUCCUACACUUGGAAAGCAUUCAAGAGAAUCAGACCUGCAAGAAGAGAAUAGGGAAAACAACGUACAGGUCCCUAAAACUCUAAGAAUUGAUGACCCAUCUGAGGCCACAAAGAGUUCGGUCCGGGAUACUCUAGGCAUCAAACCUGAUGAGAAAGGCUUGUUUGAGCCUUUACAGAUGAAGGUUCUAAAAAAUGACAAGACACCAGAAUCUCCACAGGCUCUGCAGGCCAAUCCAGCGGCCUUUUUGCGCUCCCAGUCGUUUCAGGAGAGGACUUGA